AUGAGUAUUGACGCUGGCGGUCUUGCUCAAAUGACUUACAACAAUUCCUUCAAUAAUGGCUCUUCCCUUGGUGUGCCGGGUUCUGGUUUUGCCUCGCGAGGAAAAGGCUCGCACAUCAAACGGUUGAGCGUACCUCCGCAGGUUGCCACCAUUGAUGAGUCGCAGGUAACUGCGCCUAUGGCGACACCGCGUACCAGUCGUUCGCAUCUCUUGGCCGGGCUUCGGACCGCGCCUCGGUCGGCAACAAUACCUUCACAGCAUCAACAACGCACCAGCAUGGAUGGCUCUCGAUUCCAUGGCCAUUCUGGCCGGGGCUCUGAUCGCGUGCCGCAAACAGCUACGGGAGCUGGAUUCCCGCAGCAUGCAUACGCGCAGCAUCAGACGAUGAAUGCGCACCAGAAUCAGAAUCGCCCCAUGUACACGCUGCCGGAGCAGGUGCUUGCACCUCCGACCCUUGACAUUGGCAGCGACAAUGGGAUGGAUGAGAAUCUGUAUGCCGAAUUGAUGUCAACCAACCUGUUUCUCGCAGCUCAGCAGCAGCGCUUGCAGCAGCAGCUCAUAAGCGUUACCGCCGCAGCUCAACAGUUCCAGGGUCUCAACUUAGGUGGAAUUUCUCUACACCAGCAGCAACAUAUUCCCUCGAUGUCAAUGCCUGGCAUGGGAUUCUACCAGCAGCAGCUUCAGCAGGGUGUACAGCCAAUUGUACAGCCAGUUCCUGGCCAGCCUGGCUUGUUUUCAGUCUUCAAUCCCCUCACUGGUCAGCAAAGCUAUAUCAUGGACAACAGCGCCCAGGAAGAUAGUUCAGCCCAGCAAUACAACAUGCCACAGUCUGCCGGUCAGAAGUUCCCUCAGUUCCGUGCUGAGAUUUCUCCUCCUGCCGAUUCUGCUCCCCCGCAGAUGCCAUUUUCCCAGCCAAUUUCCCCGCCAAGCGGCUCUCCCUCUCCUCCAAACGAGUCGGCCUAUCGUCGAAACAAUCGGAAGAAUUCCUCGUUCAAUCCGACCUCGAAGGCAAACAUUGACACAGUCAAAGCAAAUGUGGGGCCUGGCCCCCGAUCUGCUGCUAUGCCUCCUACCCCGGCUACUGGAACAUUCGGUCCAGGCCAAGGCCGUGCUGGUGAGCACCCAAUCCGCCAGCCUCGUGGUCCUCCUUCGCUAGAGGACCUCGUCGCCAAGCCGACAUCCAAACAUGAGGGAAGCAAGAACUUCGCAACUCGCCAGCGCCGUCGUGCAGUGCACAACCUCGUUCGUGCUGGAAUUGAACGUCGGGGCGACACUCGUAGCUUUGGCUACAACAGCAGCGGUGGCACCAACACUCCUGCCAGCGAAAAGGAAUUUACUUUUUCUGACGGUGAUGAUGCGACUGUGCGUAGCGGCAGCCUCUCCAGUAAGCCCAGCUUGGGAAGCUUGCGUGCAGCUGCCAACGGCGCCAUCGGCUCCGAGCGCAAAGAGAAGACUGGCCGCGAUCGCAAGACCCCGGAUAGCCCCUUCACCAAUACCACCCCCACAAGCGAGGACGGCUAUUUCGGCUCGAAGUUCGCCGAUAAUGUCUCGUCGCCGACCUCUGGCACUACCUCUCCGUCUGUGGCAGCCGUUGUUGCGGGCCAGGGGCCAGGGCCUCAAGCACCCGAGCGUCGUAAGACGCCGAUGCUUGUGUUGUCCAGUGCUGAAAAACGCAAGACCCCUCUCAUGUAA